AUGUCCGUCUCACAGCUUCCAGAAGCCUCUCUCAUUUGCAUCCCUACCGUUAGCUCCAACAAUGAGACUACUGCCACUCCUCGUCGUCGGCAAGUGAUGUUUGAGGUCUAUUCUUGCGGCUGCGUUAAUGCUGUUGGUCCAGAACUCUACCAACAUUUUCCCAUUCCCAAGCGUCAUAGGCAUGGUCCCACAGUGACUGAUUGA